AAUCAAUGGCAGCAGGGAGCAGAGGUGGCAUGUUACGGGCAGCCGGCGGGGCAGGCCUUGGGGGCUUCUCGGGCAGCUGCCCGAGGUCCACGAUGUUAAGUUUCCCUUCUUGGAGACCUCCCGUAGUUCGCACGGGCAGGUGCCCGGCUGCCCGGAUGAGGGGAUGGGAAGAGUGGGAGUGGGUUGUCGAGGAGAGAGAAAGGGAGGAAGAUGAGAGAGAAAAUGUAGAAGAGAGAGAAAGGAAGAGUGAUGUCAUGGUGGUGUUGGGUUCUUGUUCUUGUGAUGGUGGGUGGGUGCUUGGGCCUGUUCCUUCCAGGGCGGAGGUGGAGGAUGCUGUUUCAGCACUUCAACAGGUUAUAUUCCCGGUUUCCAACUCUCAAGUUUAUGAUGAUGGGUUGCUGUCUACAUCAGAAAGGGGAAUGGAUAAUCGAAUCAUUGUCUCAAACACCACAUUAGAUGAUGGUCCUUCAUCUGGACAACUUCCAGACUGGAUUGAACCUUCACUGAACUAUUAUUACCCCAAAAUGUCAGAAUCCGAGGAAAGCACUGGAGUUUUUGAUGCAUUUCAUUUGCUUAGGUCCAACCCAUAUGUUCAGAGGAUGGUGGUUUCAUUGGCGUCAGACGAUGCUGUUUGGGAUGCGGUCUCAAAAAAUGAGGCAGUCCAAGAGCUCCAUGACUCCCUUCACAGAGUUGGAAAUGUGACUCCUAGCAAUGGGCCCAACAAAAACUCCCCCGAUGCCAUCACCUGGAUUGUGGAGUGGGUCUUGGACAAUCUCAAGGCAAAAGUACAGGAAAUUCUCCAUAAACUUUCAACGCUUAUCGACGAACUGUUUAGGCUUCCUUAUGCAGAGCAAGAGAAAAAGAUGGAUGCUUUUACAGAGACUUUGAGAUCCUCUCUCAUGCUUUCUGUUCUCGUUCUUCUCGUCAUUGUCGUUACACGAAGCUAUAGAGCUUGACGCUUAUUUGUCAGCAUGGCAAGCCAUGAUACAUCGCCUGACAAUGUUGGAGUUACGUGGUGGCCUUGGAUUUGGUGAAAAGGAUGCAGGUUUUGGUUGGAUAAAUUUCGAGGUCACUGAUUUGAUUAUGCCAUAAUGCUUGGCUUGAAUAACUAUAAUGGGUUUGUAUAUAGAAAUGAAGCAGUGGAACUGUGAAUCUCUGUGUAACUUUGGCCAUGUGGAAUGUGGCGUCUUUGAUCAUGUUUACAGUACAAGAGCUUUGGUGCUUUGGUCAGGGUUGAAAGUUGAAACAUAAAGUUCCUGGGUUACCACACAAGAAUUGUAUAGAGAAAAAGUUUAUUUGUAUAUUUGUGAACCAUUGCCAAAAUAAUGAUAUUUGAACACUUAAAAGGAAAUAAUUACUAAGAAACUAUGUUACUUUGGAGAA